AUGCUGAUCCCCGAGCCAUGUGGCACACUACCGUCUGAGGAGCGGCAGCUACCCAGGCCUCUUGCAGUGUACUUACCAUCUGCAGGAAGCCAGCAUUCUGGGCAAGAGACAGUUAUUGACCUUACCAAAUCUUCCUGCGAAUUGUCAUUACAGUCUACCGACGGAUCUUCUCCCCAUACCCCUUGCACGAUUACAUCCAGUUCUACAUUUGUGUUUGAUCAUCCGGGGAGGCAGAAGAACAUCAGCUUCGUCCGACUCUUGUUUGCGCAUGUUGGCGCCGCACUGACAUUGUUCCUUGCGACAACAGAUGCUACUAUCGUAUCAACUAUUCUACCUACUAUCACCAGCCAAUUGGAUGCAACUCAGACUCAGUAUACUUGGGUCUCCGUGACGUACAUGCUCACGCAGACCGCGUUUCAGCCACUGUACGGGAAAGUUUCGGAUCUAAUCGGUCGCACCACUGUUUUAUACAGCAGUAUGCUCGUUUUCGCGAUUGGUUCUGCCUUUUGUGGGGCAGCACAGAGUAUGCGAUGGCUUAUCAUUGCUCGCGCUGUGGCUGGAGCAGGUGGAGGGGGUAUUGUUAGCUUGGUCUGGACCAUCACGUCCGAGAUUGUAGAGGUACAGAAUCAAGCAAAGUGGUCGCAAGCCCUGAGCAUCACCUGGGCUUGCUCUGCUAUUGCGGGCCCUAUUCUUGGGGGUGUAUUCAGCGAAAAAGUAGGGGCACUCAGUUGGAGAUGGGCCUUUUAUAUAAAUCUUCCGAUCUGCGCAUUUGCAUUUGUUGUCCUGUGGCUCUCGCUGCGCAGAGUCAGCCUAGGAGCUUCGCAUAAUAUGUCAUUGAGUUUGUUUGGGCGUACUUUCGACUUCUGCGGAUUAAUCCUCUUCAUGGGCGGCAGUAGUUGCAUCGUGAUCGGAUUUAACCUGGCGCCUGUCAUCGGUUGGAGAGCAAUUUCCACCUUGUUGCUGAUUAUCGUCGGAGUUAUAGUUCUUGUAGGCGGCGGAUUCUAUGAGAUUCACACUCGCCGCGAUGCUCUCUUCCCUCCGGCUGUUUUCAGGGAUCCCACAAUGGGCAUCAUCUUGGUGAUUGUUUUUCUUCAUAAUUUCGCCUUCAACGCAGGAACGUUUUAUCUGGCUCUAUUCUACCAGGCCGUCACUAGGCUUUCGCCACUACAAGCUGGGAUCUUUAUGCUUACAUAUUCCUUGGGUUCUGCAUUAGCAUCUGUGCCGUCUGCUUGGUUCGUCGAAUAUUGGCAGAGGCGACGCUCAGAUACAAGCCCACAAAAGUACAUUAUCUGUACAGGUCUUUUCAUUUCGACUUUGGGUUUCGGUAUUCUAAUCCUGAUGAACGAACGGACUUCCCGAGUAUUACAAAGCGUAUAUACCCUAAUCGCCGGGGUGGGACUAGGCAUGCUUUUCCAUGCACCAUAUCAAGUCUUCACCCGGGCCCUACGCCGGGAGGAUACUGCUACAGGGACGAGUGCGUUCUUCCUGGUAAGAUUCACGGGAGCAACUGUCGGGCUGACAGUUGCAGGAGCCAUCCUGCAGCUUCGUAUGGCGAAAGCUUUGCCGUCUGGGAUUGAGGCUUCGACCGUUCUGCAGUUUAUUGGCUCGAUUCCAAUGUCGGAAACCAAGCUUCAAGUGGUCCGCGCGUUGACAUUAUCGAUACAGACCAUAUGGAUCGUCUGUUGUCCUUGCUUAGGCGUUGCAUUUCUGAUCUCGCUCCUUAUGCGUAAUCUCCCAUGUGGAGAGUCUGUCGGAGAUGAAGAGAAAUCUCAUGUCUCGACAUUCACGAAGCCACCGGCGUCGAUAGCGGGAUGCUGA